AAAUUAAAAAAAAAAAAAAAAAAAAAAAAACAAUCUACCACAGGAGCUGUUCAUCACGCGGUUUUGUGUCUUCAUAAAAGGAAAACAACCAGCAUCGUGGAGGAGGAAGAGAGUGGGCGGCUGGUUCGAUGUUACCCUAAGGUGAUGGAGGGGCAGGUGGAGGUGGGGACCCAGACGGAGCCCGUGGUGGUCCUGUCUCUGGCUCAGGCCGCCGUGCUGGGCUUGAUAUCCCAGAAUGAGGUAUUUGGUGCCACCAUUGCUCCCAACGGCUUCUACACAGGAGAGGCCAGGGAGAGCACCCCGGUCCCCGGGGAGGAGGUGAAGUACGAGUAUGCCGACCAGCUGAUCGGCGCCAACGGAGACUACCUGGGCGACGCCAUGGAGGAGGAGGGGCAAGUGCCGCCCCACUGUGAGGAGAGGAGGCGGCCGGGACCCCCGGGAAAGGUCCGCAGGUCUAGGAGCGAAGGUGAGGUGAAAGAGCUCACAGACAGGGCUGCGCCGGCCACGGUGCUGCCCAGGGGGGAGGAAAGGACCCCUGCCCGCUCCCCCUGCAUCCACAUGCUCAACGGCCUCGCCCUGAGAGACCCCGGGGCGUACAGACUCGCCCUGAAACAGGAGCAGCCCUGCGGCGGCUGUCUGGACUGUGAGAAGGAGGGGCGGGGCCAGGAGACAAAUGCACGGGUGGGCCCACCUCCUGGGCAGGGGGGGCGGGGCGAGGGAGAGGAGCAGGAGGGGGAAGGGGCGGAGGGCGGGAGCAGCCCGCUGAAGCCCAGAGAGGCGGGAGACAGCCCCGAGAUGAGCCGCUACUUCGAGUCCAGCGAGGUGGGCUACGAGUCCGCAGAGAUGGGAGUGCCGGGCGACUUCGAGGAGAACGGGCAGAGCCUGAUGUGGGCGGAGCCAGCGGACGGCGGCGGCGAGGGCCAGCCGGGCCGGCGCGUGCAGAUCGACCGGCUGGACAUCAACGUGCAGAUCGACGAGUCGUACUGCGUGGACGUGGGGGAGGGGCUGCGGCGCUGGAAGUGCCGCAUGUGCGAGAAGUCCUACACCUCCAAAUACAACCUGGUCACCCACAUCCUGGGCCACAACGGCAUCAAGCCGCACGAGUGCCCGCACUGCGGCAAGCUCUUCAAGCAGCCCAGCCACCUGCAGACCCACCUGCUCACCCACCAGGGCACGCGGCCCCACAAGUGCACCGUCUGCAAGAAGGCCUUCACGCAGACCAGCCACCUGAAGCGGCACAUGCUGCAGCACACCGACGUCAAGCCCUACAGCUGCCGCUUCUGCCGCCGCGGCUUCGCCUACCCCAGCGAGCUGCGCGCCCACGAGACCAAGCACGAGAGCGGCCGCUGCCACGUCUGCCCGCAGUGCGGCAUGGAGCUGCCCAGCCUGGCCCACCUCAAGCGGCACCAGACCAGCCACCAGGGCCCCACCACCUACCAGUGCUCCGAGUGCAACAAGUCCUUCGCCUACCGCAGCCAGCUGCAGAACCACCUGAUGAAGCACCAGAACGUGCGGCCCUUCGUCUGCGCCGAGUGCGGCAUGGAGUUCGUCCAGAUCCACCACCUCAAGCAGCACGCUCUCACUCACAAGGUACUGACUCAGCAGGCCGUCACACACAAGGGGAUGAAAGAGUUCAAAUGUGACGUGUGCUCGCGGGAGUUCACCCUGUCGGCCAACCUGAAGCGGCACAUGCUGAUCCACGCCAGCGUGCGGCCCUACCAGUGCCACGUCUGCUUCAAAACCUUCGUCCAGAAGCAGACGCUCAAGACGCACAUGAUCGUACACCUGCCUGUCAAGCCCUUCAAGUGCAAGGUGUGCGGGAAGUCCUUCAACCGAAUGUACAACCUCCUGGGCCACAUGCACCUCCACGCCGGCAGCAAGCCCUUCAAGUGCCCCUACUGCUCCAGCAAGUUCAACCUGAAAGGAAACCUCAGCCGGCACAUGAAGGUCAAGCACGGCAUUGCAGACCUAUCAAUGGAUGGGCAAGAUAACCUGCCCGAAGCAGAAGGCCAGGAGGACUACGAGGAGGACAACUUUGACUACCCUGGGCGAGAGAACCUCGCCUCCAACAACGCACAGGACGUGGCGAAGCUGUCCGAGGAGGCUGUGCGGGACAUGGGCUACUACAGCUUCGGGAAGGAGGCACCACGGUACACUACACCGUGAACUACUCGCAGAUCGAAGCACAACCGCAUGAACAACCACACUGGGAGAGACUGCUGAAGGCACUGAGGGAGAUGUGUAGAUCUCAGAGUCACAGCUGAACUGUUCUAAAGGACAGUCCUUUGGGGGAAUAUAGACCUACGGGAGGCCAUUCUGAGUUUGUUUCGGGUUCUGAG